AUGAUACCUGCGGAACCUCGGACGUCCAGGAAUGUAACCCCUCAGGACUCAAGGCCAGCCUCUGACUCGUCCUCCGAGGAUUCGGACACGCAGUCCGUCGAACUGGUUCAAGCUUCGCAUGUACCAUUUGACAUUAUGAAUUACGGCACGAGGAUCCGCGACAAUGCCAUACAUCCUUUACUGUUCGACAAGAUCGUCUGUCGCAAGAUCAUGCCUAUGGCGGUCCGUUUUAAACUCAACAUCGAGGAUAACCAAAAUGUUCUGGUUUCUACAGCAAAGCAGUUCCCCCCACUUCGUCAUGCCAUCUGUGCCAUUACGCUUCUCAACAGUGGUAUGAAAAACCGACCGGAACUUGUAGCUGGUUCGUUUCAACAUUACGAUCAAGCAAUAACCGCAUGCCGGUCAAUGCCACCGUCUACCAACCCCGAAGCUGUUUUCUUCCUGCACUUCGUCCUCCUAAUGUACGAUAUUGCCUGUGCAUCCCAACGAUGGCCUGAAAAUCGCAGUUCAUGGGCUUUGCAUCUACGCAAACUCGCCAGCCUAGCUCAUGAACCAGCUGGAUCUGCAGUUGGUCGGCUAAAAGCGUAUCUUUCAUGGUAUGUCCUUCUUCUAGACGCGCAGGCAGGCCUUGCUGGAAACCCUGAAGCCGGUCAUUACACGCGAGCCUUUUUGGAUAACGGUCGUUCAUUACCCGUCUGGCCCAUCUCACGGAGUCAGCAAGUAAUACUUUCGGCACCAGACGCCAUGGAUACCUUUCUCCAAGCUCACAAGUUGUCUUUGAUCACAUUCGAGAUGUUUGCCGAGCAGAGCCAGGCAUCACUCAGUUUCCGAAGCACAUUCAGAGACCGGCGGGUUGCACUUCAGGAAAGACUGGACUUCAUCCAAGAUCUAUCAAACCGACAUGCGGAAAAGUGGCGAGCGAAUUGUCCAGCAUAUUUGGAGACUUGGGACGACAAGAGCGAUUUGGGUAUCAUAAGAGGCACCUACAAUUUCGCUCGACUGCAAUACUCGGUGCUCCAACUAUACCUGCACACAAGCAUAUAUCCAUACCAGCGAUUGGACGGAGAUGCAUUCACUGCGGAAGACACCAAACACUGUACCUACAUCAUCGACACAGUACGGCAAAGCUUCGUUUUCAACGACAAGGAGAAUCACCAUCUAGCGCCUGCACUCUUCCUGGCAGGCGCAGCGACCAAAAAUUUGAGUGAAAAAGCAGCAGCGCUGAUCAUGCUGCAGGAAAUGGAACAUGCAGGGUUAUCUGGAGCUGUGGCGCGAGUACGACAUGUUCUUGAACUGGUGGUUAGAGAGCAAGCGAAAAAGGAGAUGUCUGGCGGGAGUGCGGAUGAAGUGGAUUGGAUUGAGCUAUCUCAGGAACACGGCUUGAAGAAUGUCGUAUUUGGAAUGUAG